AUGCCCCUCUCCUUUCUCGCCGAAGCUGCCGCGCUCAAUACAAUCCUCGAGACACCGAUAGCCGGCACGACUCAGGCCAGCAUCGAGUUGAGCAAUUCACAUUCGGAAAUUAUUGGUGAAGCCAACGCGCAGUUCACCGAAACAACAUCGACGCAACAACCGACGGCGAACGAACCUGAUUUUGCCCUCGGAGCUAACAUGGUCUACGACAUGAGCGGUCGAUACGAUACUCAAGCUACAAAGUUCCUUUCCAUAAACUGGAUAGCACAUCAGUACCAGACCUCUUUUGAUCCUUUUGACCAACUUGGAGAUAUUUGCAAUGUUUUCCCCACACAAUUCCUCGACCCUUCAAUGAAUCUUGGCCAACCCGCCCAGGAGGACUUUGGCCCCUCGGUUGCGAUCGAACAGCAAUCUGCCACAGACCAGCCAUCACAAGAAGUCCGGAGUCUCCUUUCUGAUCCUGGUAGCGUGAUAUCGAGAGAUUCGCACGGAUCCGGAAGUUUCUUCUACAUUGACGGCGAUGGAUCUCGCGCCUCAUUGAGGCCAGGUUUUCAUGAUGUCACUCCUGAUCAAUCCAGGGCUUAUUCGCACCAUGAGAGAGACUUGGCUUCAUUUGCGACGGCAGAAGUUCCCAUUCAGUUGUAUCAAAGCUUAAGGAGUAAUAUGCAGUCCGAGUUCAACGACGUAAUUCACAAUAAACCCCCAUCAUUCCAACAAGUAUCCUCCUGGGUCGACUUGUACUUCAAGCAAUUCCAUCCAACAUUCUCUUUCCUGAGGCGUCCGAAAUUCUGGGACAAGGAUAGUGACUGGGUGCUGCUGUUAGCCACGAUUGCGGUCGGCACCUCCCUAAGUCACACGUUCGACGCGGAGAGAUAUAGGCGCCCACUCAUGAAGAUUCUUCAGCAAGCCGUGAGCCAUCGAUUUGCAAUCAUGAGGGGACAACAAGACGGUAGAACUGAUUGGAUAUCUCCUACUCCAGAACAAUCAUUUGUGUCUGAAUCGAAGUCAUCGGACUUGACUACCCUUCAAGCCAUGGUUCUUAGCAUGCUUUGUUUGAUACAUGGUGCGAGGAAUGAUGAGAUAAGCUUUGCCAUGGCUGAAAGGCUCAAACUCGUGGACGCUUGCCACUCGAUGCAUUUGUUAUCAAAACCAUCAAAUCACAACCUUUUUGAUCCAAGGUGCGAUCCCGAGGCUCAGUGCCGGGCUUGGUAUCAACAACAGUCAUUCGCUAGAAUCGGAUUGAUGAUAUGGCUUCUGGACUUCAUGAUUGUAUGCGAGUUCCACUGCCAACCUCUUCUGCAAUUGGCAGACGUUAUGGUGCCUUUACCGUGUAGUGAGACAGUAUGGGACAACCAAACAAUAGACCCUGAAGUUUUGAAAUCUAUUAAAUCAGUAACCGUUCUGGACGCUCUCGAGCUGCUAUACAUGGAAAAGAAACUCGUGGCCAAAAUGAGUGAGUUCAGCAAGCUGAUACUCAUCUACGGAAUAUGCAGAAGAACCAAGGAAGUCUGUCUGCGAAGUCAGAGCCAAUUGAUGAACUGGACGCCAUCAGCAACGAUUGAGAGUCGAACCGAGGUCUACGAAAGAGGCGAAACCUGGCCCCCAUCAUCGAAUCUUCUCUCCCAAUGGCGCAACAGCGCCUGCGAUUGUCUGGAUAUUCUCCAUUGGUCAGCAAAUAGUACAGCAUUGGCACACUGGGGCUGGGAACACCCUACAUUAUUCCAUCUUCACUUGUCCCGUCUCCUCAUAUUAGCACCACUGCGCCAUAUACAGACGCUUGCGACACCUUCACCUUCUCAGGAUGUCAUCAAUCAAACAGGUAUCGAUAAGCAUGCCAAGUCCCGAGAGUUCGUGCUACGUUGGUAUCUUCAAGAUCAAUACAAGGCACGGCUCUCUGUCGUCCAUGCUGGUGCACUUCUCUGGCAUUGCAGGCGCUAUAGCACUCGAAUAUUUCUUGAGCCAUAUGCCAUAUAUGUUGCCACACUGGUUCUCUGGGCAUAUAGUACCGCUCUGCAGUUCUGUCAGUCGCGUGGAUCAGAGUUGCCAAUCCUUGAUAACAAUGGAUCGCCAGCCACAAGUAACACGCCUGGAUCAAACCCGCCGACCCAUGCCUAUUCGGACGCGACAGACCAGGACCUCACGGAUAUCAUGUCCGUCGUGGUCUACUUGGACAGACCCAUUGACGAUGAGCUCGUCCAGACAUACAUUCGCUGGGGAGCCAAAAUGACCGCCUGCUUAUCCAGAGUCGGAGAUAUUGCGAGCCCUUCAGCGCCAGCAAAAAUACUGAAAGAGGCCUUUAGACUACUAAGCCUGGAGAGAAAUUCCGAGGCAAGAGACUACUCAAUGAAUGAAUCAUCAACCUCGAGCAGCGGUGAGUUGGUUUGGGGCGUUCGAUCAUCCUUCGCCAAGUCACUGGACUCUCUAAUUCGAGCGACUCAGGAGCAUCGGUAUUGA